AUGGUAUGGAGGGUCUCAACGGAGCUUCCGAGUAGGAGGGGCUCUUGUGGCGGUGGGGGUGCUGUUGCUGCUGCUGCUGCAGUUCCAGCAGCAGCAGCAGCACCCGCAGCAGCAGAAGAGGCUGCAGCAGCACUGGUUGUCGAAAGCAGCAGCAGCUGCAGCAGCGCAGCAGCGCAGGGGGCCCCCUUCGCUGUUGUUGCUGCUGCUCCUGCAAGAAGCCCCAGAUGCAUCCCCAGGGCCCAUGUGCUGCUGCUGCUGCUGCUGCAGCUGCUCAAGGCCUGCGUCAUGGCCAUGGCGUGUGCCAUAGGGUGGAAGGUCAUUUGGUCCCAAGUGCACCUGCAGGCGCGGCUGCUGUCAGUGGGCUUGCUGCUGCUGCGGCUGCUGCAGCUGCAGCUGCUGGACCUGCUGCUGCUGCCGCUGCAGCAGCUGCAGCAAGCAUUUAGGAGUGCUGCUGCAUAUAUCUUUUACUGUAGUCCUGCUUAUCAGGGGCCGCUGCCUUCUGAGCUGCAGAAGCAGCAGCAGCAGCAGCAGUUUCGGCAGCAGCUGCUGCAGCAGCAGCAACAGGUUCGCCAGCAGCAGCAGCAGCUGCGGGCGCAGCUUCACAAAGAACUUAGGGAGCUGCAGCAGCAGCAGCAGCAGCAGGAGCCGCUGCAGCAGCAGCAGCAGCAUGAAUAG